AGUCCAAAAAGUUUCGGUUUCUAUUCCUUUCCUUUCCCCCUUACGUGUAUAUAUGAAGCGGUGGCUUUCCUCCGACGCCUCAGUCAUGGCUGGUUUCGUCGACCCGUUGUCCAUGUUCGGGCUGGAAGAGGAGCUGACUUGCUCCAUCUGCCUGUGCGUUUUUCAGACGCCGGUCACUACGCCCUGCGGCCACAAUUUUUGCCUGCCUUGCCUGGAGCUAACCUGGAUGGACGCGGAGGACAAAUUCAGUUGCCCCCAGUGCAGGGCUUCUUUCGAAAGCCGCCCCGACUUGAAGAAAAACACGGUGCUCUGCAAGGUGGUGGAGCAAUUCCAGAGCAACCAAGGUGACCUCUUCAAAGGGACGUGUGCCGAGAAGAAGGAGAAGGUGGAUAGUAGCCCAGCCAAGCCGAGGUCUCCCUCGCCAGUGCCCUGCGACAGCUGCCUGGUGGUCGACGCGGCCAAAACCUGCCUCACCUGCAUGGUCUCCUUCUGCCAGGAACACCUGGCGCCCCACCUGGAGAGCCCAGCCUUUAAGAGCCACCAGUUGGUUCCACCCAUGAAUGAACUUCAGCAGAAGAAGUGUGAAGCCCAUAGCAAGCUCCUGGAGUUCUUCUGCAAGGAGCAUGGCAUCUCCAUCUGCUGUUUUUGCCUGCUUUCUCACAAGACCUGCUCCACUACCCCACUAAAAGAGGCCAAGGAAGCAAAGGAGUUAGUGCUGAAGAAGAGAUUGACAGAACUCUGUGCCUUGAAUGACAAGACUACAAAGUCCUUGGAACAAGUACGAGCACAGCAAAAGCAACUCAGCAAUACCACUAAUCGGAAGCUGGAUUUGCUGAAAUCAGAAUUCCUAGAAAUAGUAGCUUUAAUUCAUGAAGAAGAAAUGAAUUCGUGGAGGAAAAUCAAAUUGGAAGAAAAAAGAGUCCUGGAUAAAUUUGAAUAUGUCCAUGCAGUCCUGGGUAAGAAGAAGAAUGAAAUCCAGAGGGAGCGAGAUGAAAUUGAAGUGGCCUUGGCAGAGAUGGACGACAUCACAUUUUUAAAGAGAUCAACAAAACUGCGACAGGUACCCUUCAGCGAUGUGUUUGUUCCCAGAAUAGAGUUGGAUCAAAACCUGCUAGGUGCUGUUUAUCAGAAAGCCUGCAACCUCAAAGAAAUUACAGCACGAUUUUUGGGUAUACAUCAGGAACAGAAAAAAAAAGGUAAUGCUGGCGCUUUUGUAGUCCCAUUGAAGACACCCGUGGUGGAAGAGGUAUGCCCAGCAGCUGCAGGAAAACCUAGGAAUGAAACAGAUGCCACUGGUAUAACUAAGGGACAGAGAAGUCGGCCUGCCAAGCGCUCGGAAAGUCCAAAGCAGAGAGCGCAAAGCUGCAGCAAAGCUGAGACAAAGAGUGAAACAACAAGUCUUGAUACUUUUUUAAAAAAACCAAGAGAGGAGCUUCUGGAAUUUGCUACGCAAUUUACUCUGGAUCGCCACACGGCUCAUAAGAAUAUCCUAUUACUGGAGAAAUGUACCAAGUUGUCUGUCACAGAAAAUGUACAGGAUUACAAACCGCACCCUCAGCGAUUCUUAAGCUUCUAUCAAGUGCUUUCUUUCCAGUGUUUCAAGAAGGGAAUCCAUUACUGGGAAGUUGACCUGGAGAACAACAACUUCUGUGCUGUCGGCAUCUGCUAUGGUAGCAUGCUAAAACGGGGCCCGGAAAGCCGCCUAGGACGCAAUAGCAGCUCCUGGUGCAUUGAAUGGGUCAACAAUAAGAUCUCAGCUUGGCACAAUAAUAAAGAAACAUCUCUGCCCUGCAACAAAGCAACGAAGAUUGGUAUCCUUCUAAAUUACGAUGGGGGGUUUGUUAUUUUCUUUUGUGUCACUGAGAAAAAAACCUUCCCACUCUAUAAAUUCAAAAUAGAAUUCACGGAAGCUGUCUAUUCCGCAUUCUGGGUGUUUUCUAAUGGAGCCACCAUUACACUCUGCCAGCUGAAGUCAUAACACACUGUGCAGAAUGGCUUUGGUGCCCUCACAAAGACAUACAUCCACACACUAUGAUGUUGUCUUUCCAAAGGUUUUCCUCUUGAAUGAAGUCUACAAAAUGUUUUAAUUUUAAGCUCCGUGCUUGCUUUUUGUAAAAUUCUGGGGUUGUUUGAUCAAUAUUUCAGUCCACUAACAGGUGUCCUAGGCAAACCCAUUGGGGAAACUUGCCUAAAGGGUUCUUAGUGGAGCAAAUCCACCAGAUUUACUGUUUGCCCCAUACCUCUGAGGUCUAAGCCAUAACGGCAUAUGGGCGUAUAAAGGUCUUUUUGGAACAGACGCUUCCUUCAUUUCAUCUCAUGCUCUACUAUAGAUUAAGAAAUGCAGAAAAUAAAACACUUGCAUUUUCAGUGACCCAGUUGUUAACUUCUGCACAGGAUGCACUGUUCACAGCUUUGAUCAGUUUCUCUUUGGGUUGGGCACUUCUUGCUUCCCAUGGGGUGAAACUUUCAGGGGUGUUCUCUUAACCUGCAUAGACUUUGCUACUACAUUUGGCUGUAUGAACAGUGAGCUGUAAGGGUCUUGUUUUUCAGAUGAUUGAAAACAAGGCCGUGCUGGUAGACGAUGAAUCAUUUUCAUUCUUCUACCAAACACCCUAGAAAGACGGGAAAGUGGUACUUUGCUAGUGCUGCUUGGAGGAAAAGUGACAAUAAAAAGGCAGUAUUUCCAUACCUGGAACUCCUUUUUAAGACCAUAUUCCAUGGAUUUCUUUUCCUCCUUACCCUCUUUUCAGAUGCUCUGAAUAUGUCGGAAAGGCCAUUUUGUGCCAUCUGAGAAAAUCCCUGUUUGAACAGUUUAGUUCUUCAGAAUUAUAUGCACUUAAGCUGUGUACUUAAUUAUAUGUUCCUCAGUAGUUGUCCAAUAGCUUUGGAUCGUGUUCUUCUGACAAGUUAGGCCAUGAAUAUCCAUGGCCAUUGUUUGCCGAAAGGAAGUGGUUUAAAAAAAUAAUCAUCUGCUUAACCCAUCUACCCAUGUUGAACAUUGUUCUUUGAUUAUGGUUGACUGAGAUGAGGAGGUUCCUACAUACCUCACAUUAUUACGUACCUUCACAAUGAUGUUCUAGUGGAAGAUUAGGUAUAAUGUCUGCAUCUAAUCUUUUAGACUUUGUUCCACUUGCCACUGCUUGAGGUAAUUAGAUUACUCUAAUUUCCUGUGUCCUAUUCACUGAGCAUAGCUUUUGAUUACAUUAGGUGGUGGAACCAAAGGCUGAAGAUCAUUUGGUGCAAAAACCAUUCAGGGUGCCAUCUUUAAUCUCUGUCUGCAGGCUUCCCAGCUGGCAUUUCAGUAUGCUUUCUGUUUUCUUUUUUAAAAAAAUGAACAGCAGACUGGGAAGAUCCACAGAGGUUGGAAGCGAAUGAUUUGGAAACCUAGUUUUAGACUUCUGAUAGUUUUCAUCCUGGGACAGGGAAGGCACCUAAUGCUACAUGGUUAUGAGAAUUGCACAUCUAAGCCAUUGAAUACUUUGCUAAUACUUCCUCAUUCAUUAGAGGUAUUCUAAUUGGCAUUCAAAGAAUCCGUAAGACAAAUGUAGUGGCUUAUGGAGCUGUCAGUUUUCAGAAGUAGUACUGCUAAAAAAGUGGAAGGAAGUAUCCAUAUGAUAGAAAUACAUAAAUUACAGUUUGGGCAAAUCUAGAUUUCUGCAGGACAUAAUUUGAGAUAGAAGGGCAGUCUGACUGAAGCAUUCUGACUGAUUCAGUUGUAGGUUUAUGAUCAAGUAAAGGACCCAGUCUCAGGAUGCCACUUGUUUUCCAAGUAUGUCUUUUAUGCCAUAUUACUUGAUUUUUAGAAAUGUUUUAAAAGUUAAAUUUUGUGGAGGCAUUAGAAAAAAGGUGCUCUGGAAGUUAUUGAAGUGGAAUGGACCACUGUGAAAAAUAAAAUGAGUGUUAUCCAUUCUUUAAGGUAACAUGGUGAAAAAAGGCUAAGUAGUGAUACAAGGUAUGAAGUAAAAAUAAGAACAAGAAGGAAGGAAAGACAAUCUAUGUUGGAUCAUGGCUGUAAGAAGAUGAAAAAAAAUUGGCAUGGGAACCUGUGGUUUCUCCUGCAAAUGUAACACAUUUCGUGAAGCGGGGUGUGUAUUCUAGGAUUGUCCCUCAGAGUCUUGGUGUAGUUGCACAUUUAUCUUCAUGAAAAUGAGCUUCCUGGCUUUUGCGUUGUUCUUGAGAGUGUGUGUUCUCUUUUAACAAAUCAAUACUUAGAUUUAGAUAUGUAUUUGUAAUUUAAAAAAAAAACCACAAAUCCUAAGACAGCGUGUAUCCAGCUUGUUAUCCAAAUUCCGUGUGGAUAGCAUUUACUGUGGUGUGAUACCUUUGCUGGUAUCUAAAUGCCAGGUCAUGAUUACAGUAGGUGAUUGACAUUAAUAUCUAAUUAAUAUUGAAGUCUUAAUGAUUAUAUUGGAAUCGCCUAAGAAUCUUGAACUGUCUCUGGGACUCUUUAAGAAUCUCUUGACAUAGUUUAUUUUUGUCUUUAAAAUAUUUAUCUGGGCACGAUAUUGUCCUUUGGCUAAAAGUUUAUUCUUAGUCUUUGUUUCUUAUAUUACAAACCAGGCUUCUUUCAGAUCAGCUCUUGGGAUAAUGUCAGUGGGUAGGAUCGAAGCAAAGUGAAGUACAUUAUUUUCCCCUGGUUUUAAAAAAAGAUAACCAAACAUCAUGCUUUUGAAAUUGUGUGUUGUUUGGUUCUGUAUCUCCAAUGGUCAUAUUUGCAUUAUUACAUCACUGACACUUGUUAUGUAGCCUGUGGCUUAACAUUUUUUGCUAAGCUUUUCAGAGAUACAGGAGAUGUAUCACAAGCAAUUUUGGCUUUAAUAAAACUUUGGGGAAAUGCUUUCUUUGGGACCUUUGCAGAAAAGUUGUUCAGCUUGCUAUAUUAUGGCGUGUUGACAGUAACAUAUACAGAUUUGUGAGGCAAUUUGUGUUUUUAUUUUGAAUUGUAAGGGGGGGAAACUCUUUUGUAAUAAUCUCAAGCUGAUUUCUGUUGAAGUCUUUACCUUGCUUAAUGAAGAAUCAGCCUGUUGUCUCCCUAACUAUAAAAAGCUAACGUGAUGAACCUCAUUGCCUGAUCUUUUAAUGAAUCCAUAUCUGUUAAAUUAACAUUAAUAAAGUUUAUCAUGGUUUA